CAUUAAGUGCUUAAAUCCAACAGGAGUUGGUUGUGUCGGGUUUCUUCGGAGGGGUACGCUAUUAAAAUAUCCACAAACAUUAUCUUUAAUUGGACAGAAUUUUGUGCUUGUGUGCGUCGGCGACCGUGUUUUUUUUUUGAAGCCAGUGACGAUUCGGUUUUUUCGAAACUUGAUGACUGUUAUCAUUCGUGUUUAGUGUGAGGUGAUCGCCAGUGAUUUUCUAUAGUUAAACUCUACGAAUAUAACGAUUCGUUUUGACUCGAUACAAGAGCCAGUGUUGUGAUUAAAAAUGACAUCGGUGACGUAAUAAGAGAAUCGCGGCGAAAAUUCUAAUCGACUAUCGACGAAAUAAAAUUGGAAAAUGAUGCCACGUGCUCCAUAAUUGCUGAAUCGUAAUGCAUGGAUCGUUAAUUGAUAAGCAAUUAUCAUUCUGUCCUGUUCUUUCUAAUUGCUGGCAAUAAUAAAUUUGAUUGCUACGGUCACUUCUCUAGUGUUGCGCCAAAUCCGUUACGAAUUUUCGAAAAUUUCUCAAAGUUUCGUUUCAAAUUUCAAAUUCGACCGAUCAACUGUUUUCUGAAGUUUUUCUAAAGUAAAGUGAAGGACCAGUGCGAGAAAAGACAAGUGUUAUAAAGAUAAAAGAUUAAAAACUAAAGAUAAAAGGAAGUUGUGUGACAUUUUUUUGUGGUGUUCGAAGAGAUUUGUGAAAAAGUGAUGCUUUGUUAUUUUGCGUGAUUACAACACAAACCGCUAACCCAGCGGCCCCCUACACAGGAAGACCAUAAAAUCCCUCAAAAUUACACGAAUUCAAUCCCCCAACAAUAAAUCAACCACCCUGAGUUUCACAGAUCCAUUUGGGCCUCCCCAGUCUUCGGACGGGGGGGGCCCAUCCACCCCUCAACCGGCCCUGACCACCCAAGACUCGAUAGACCACCAACACCAUCAUUUGGGGGGCUCACAAACCCCCCACGACAUCUCCAACUCCGCAAAUUCGACUCCAACAAAUGUCUCCUCAAAAUCUGCCUUCAUAGAGUUACAGCAGCAUGGCUAUGGUCCUUUUAAAGGGGGGUAUCAGCAUCCCCAUCAUUUUGGGAGUCCUGGUGGUCAGCAGAAUCCUCAUGAGGCGUCAGGGUUUCCAAGUCCUAGGUCGUUAGGGUAUCCCUUUCCUCCGAUGCACCAAAAUACCUAUGGUUAUCACUUAGGGUCCUACGCGCCGCAGUGUGCCAGUCCGCCUAAAGAUGAAAAAUGCGGCCUAUCAGAUGACCCGGGUCUUCGUGUAAAUGGAAAAGGAAAGAAAAUGAGGAAACCUCGCACGAUAUACUCUAGCCUUCAGCUUCAGCAGCUAAACAGGAGGUUUCAGAGGACCCAGUACCUCGCACUCCCUGAGAGGGCGGAGCUAGCCGCCAGUCUCGGCCUCACACAGACUCAGGUGAAGAUUUGGUUCCAAAACCGCCGCAGUAAAUACAAGAAGAUGAUGAAGGCUGCCCAGGUCGGUGCUCCUCCGCCCAGCCUCGGUCUACCACCAGGCAGCCCGCCCAAUAACAACCAACUAUUACAUGGUGGCGGUGGAAGUUCAAGCGGGUCCCAGCACUCCCCCUCAGCGUACCAGAGUGGGGGACCGGCGCAGGCGCACUCCCCCACCCCCAGCUCCACCCCCGUGUCGGAGCUGUCCCCCGGGCUGUCCCCCACCGGCACCCCCUGGGAUGUGAAGCAGCCACCACAACCGUCUUGGGAUAUCAAGCCGACGGCAGGACGGUCGCCAGACGGAAGCUCAUGCGAUGUGAAGCCUCCACAUCAGCAAUCUUGGGACCCUAGGGUCGGAUAUGAAGGUUAUUUCGCGCCCCAAUCUGAUGACAUUGAAGGAUCACCAGGCGCAGACGGCAUGAGGGGCCGACCUAUGCCUUGGAUGCUGAAGGGCGCGCCGCCUGGCCCAUGGGACAUGAAAGGCGCCCACGCCGCCCACGCACUGCACCACCAGGGGGCGCCACAACCUCACCCGCCCUACGUGCCACAGUACUCGUGGUAUCAAACCGACGCCAACCCUGGAUUACUCACGGUAUGGCCAGCAGUUUAACAGCCCUCGCACACAAACCUAACUAAAAUGUAAAAUGUAAGUGUAUAUUCACUAUAAAAUGGCGGACAGAAUGACAGCCAACACAAAAUGGCGUCCUAACUUGGCGCGAAAGCAUCGGCACAACCAACUUUUAAUUUUAAGCAGAAUUAUUUAAUAGUAAUAAAUGAAAAUCAUUGUAAAUUUUUAUAAUUAAUUAUAAAUAGGGAAUAAUUGUUUAUAAUGGUUACUGUAUAUGUAAUAAUAUGUUAAUAAAGACAGAUAUUGAUGGGCCAAACAAUUAUAAUGCAUAUUUAAUGAAUUAAAUUCCUUUCCUUUCUCCUAAAUGAUAUAAAAAACAUUUCUUUGUAGAAAAACUAAGUUAAAUAUCUUUCUCUGCUUCUACUUUUGUUCCAAAAUAAUUCUCUGGCCCAUCAAUACACUUGUAUUCCUAUAAAAUAACGUAACGUCCUACCCUGUCGCAUAGUUAUGAACCAAUCAGCUUUCGUCUAGCCUAAAAUAUUCGUUCCUGAUUGGUUGAUAAUCACGUGGACUAAUCAAAUGGACGAAUCACGUUAUUUGUCAGUUUUGAAGUAUGACAGAUGUGAAUGUGUUGGUUCUAUUGUUUUAAUAACUUAAGUUUCCCGGGACACACAAAUUUAUUUAUGAAAGGUAUCAACUGUUAAGAAAAAAAUAUUAGAAAUCUGCUAUUUCAAUUUUUUAUUAUUAUAUCGUAAACCGAAAAUUAUUUUUAUCUAAAAAAAAGAAUAGUAGUGAAACUAAAAUUUGAAUUAAUAAAAUAGAAAAUAAAUUAUUGAUUGGUUGCAAUAUUCGUUUUACAUUUAAAAACUAAAAAAAUGAAUUAAAAAUGUUAUUUUCCGAAUGUAACCAAUAAAAUAAUGAUAAUAAAAGAAAAUUGUAUUCGUAAAAUUAAGCUUUAAUAUUUUUCUUAUUUAUUUAGAAUUAAAUUUUUGAAAAAACAAUUACACGGGAACACAAAACCAGUCUGUUGUGAUACGUUAAUUUUAAGAUUUUUUUUUUGUAGAACAAAUAAAUAACUUGAAUAAAAAAAAAUGUAUUUAUUUACGUUUUACGCAAAAAUUAUGUGUUCUGAAUGCAAAAAGAUUUUUGUUUUAAGCUAUAAAUAUAUUAAUAUCUUUAAUUUCUACUGCAAUUUCUUUAUUACCUGUAAUUAAUAUCGUCUAUUCAUAUUUCUUUACAUUUUUUAAUUGGGAAUAUUUCAUUUUUUAGUUUGUAUUUCAUUUUUUAGUUUUGAUAUUAAUUUUAGUUUUGCAAUAUUGUGGAAAUAUGAAUAGACUGUAUUAUGAAUAAUUCUUUACUUCUAGAAUGGGUCUUUACGGGAUGAAAUUAAAAUUUUUGUAAAUAUUUUUUGUAAUAUAUAGAAAAAUAAACUAUACAUAUAAAUGUAAGUAGCAUAAUUACUUUAUAACUACAAUGUAAUAUAAGGAAAGCGGAAUUAAGAAAAAAAAAGUGAAUUAAUUUCUUUUGUCAAAUAAAAAGAGAAAAAUAUUAUA